AUGCGCCGGCAGAGGACAUCUUCCGCAUCCGACAGCAAGUCCCAAGCAAAGGCAUCAACCACUUUCGAGGAGCCGGUGGUAGAGUCGGACCACGAUGACAAGGUGUCCUUCAAAGAGAUCAUGGAGAAAAUCUCCGAGGCGACCUCUCGAAGACCAAGUCAGUAUACGGCAAAGGUCCUCCCGGGCGUGUUGCCGUUUGGCGCCUGGGACACGGACAGUGGAGAAGACGAAGAUAAGCUGCCUCGACGUCAAACGUCGUCGGCUGCUUCUCCUGAGGAGGAGGCCGCAAGCCUUUCAAAAUCAACGAGGCCGAUCGCCCCACAGCCGGUGCAGCCGCCGAAUCCGUCGGAUCUGCAUUGGGCCACUUGGUCCAAGGCCUGCAGGCCCUUCACGCCGAGCACAGAAGUUGGGACCUUGAAGCCCAAGCAGCUGAAUCUCUGGGAGGAGGAGCGAGUGUUUUCUCCUUCGCGGACGUGGCCAGCUGGGCCGCUCCGCUGCGCGGCGCGUGAGUUUUACGACGACCAGCGCCGUGGACUUCCAGCCUGGCAAGCCGUCAGCUGGAAGCACACGGGACCGUCCUUUCCUGUUCCUCCACGGCUGCGACGGCCAGGUUCCGCGAAUGCACGUGGGUCUGUGCGCAAGCCCGCUCAUGACAACCGCGGUAGGCGCCAUUGUCGGACAGGCUACGUGCGGAAGGAUGAGGCGUGGCCAGAAGAUUCUCCAGAAUACAAAGCUGGUAACGAGAUCGAGAACCGGAAGCGACCUCCACCCGAGGAGGUCCCAGGGGAUGCUUUCGACCGGCAGCGCGUCAUCCCUGGCUUCGACCAAGGUCUCAUUGAACGGCAAGUUUGCCUUGUGCUGGGUGCGGGAGGAAUCGGCCAGAAUGUUGCCAUGACGCUUGCACGCCUGGGCGUUCAGCGGAUCAUUCUGGUGGACAACGAUGUGUAUGCUGCCAGUAACUUAACCCGACAGUGCCUCGGGGGCAAGGCCGACGUCGGCAAGAGGAAGGUAGAUGUGGCGAAGGCUGGCCUCGACACUCACAACCUUCGUUCCGAGGUGACGGCGGUUCACUGCGAUGCGCUGUCGGAGUGGCCAAAGAUCGUGGAGCUGGCCCGGGAGAGCACCGUCGUCUUCAACGCCAUCGACGUGGGGGUCAUGUGGGACUAUUGCGUGAACUCCUUAUGCAAAGAAUUGCGCAUCCCAUUGUGUGCCGGGCAGUCCUUCGGGUGGAAGUUCAUGACAGAACUCUACACCGGCCGCCCGCAGGAGGUCUGCGCGUUUUGCUACGACUCCGUGGCUUCGACCUUCGGUGCUGCCAAGAGCGCGGUGGAACGCCCCAAUGGUCUUCUCAGCCGCCUUUGUGCCACCGUGAAGGUGAACGAAGACGUGGGCGCAGGGGCCCUGGAAGCGUUCUUGGCGACCGAUCGCCAAUUUCGAUGCGCUCGUGGGCCGCAACUCUCGAGCCUGGUCCGACAAGCUCUCGCCAAGAUGGAGCAGAACUCCCUGCGCUACGGCUCUUUGGCCGAGGACUUCCUGAGCUUCCUACGGGCCUUUCAGGAAGAGACCGUCUUCCUGUUGCAACCAGGCCGGGUCAGCUCCCUGCAGGAGGUGACAUUUGUUCCACGGCCAAAGCACGCAGAAACUCGUUAUGUGGGCAGCUGGGUGUGCCCCUGCCUAUCCUGUGCCGUGACGAUGGUAUCUCAGUGGGCAGCUCUUCUGACUGCUCCCGUAGAGGAGUUCCUCGUCAAGACGGCCAUUCCGCAAACUGUUACAUUUAAUUUGGACAAUGGAAUGACCGGGGACGAGCAGCUGGGCUAUGAAUUCGGGGCUCUUGGCAUGCCUCUUGACAAGGCCGAGAGGCGAUUCUGCCAGGACGCAUGCAACAGCAAGUGCGACGUCUGCGCGUCUGCGACGAUGCUGGCAGCCGAGGAGUCGCUGUUUGUUGGCUGCCUUCCCGUGACUUUGGCCCCUGUGCCGGGUAUUGUGCAAGAUGCACCCAGGUCCUGGCUUCCACCGGAAGGUGCGGAAUCUUCAGCUCGGAAUGCAGCCACAAAAGAGGUUCUUUUGCGAAAGGGGCCCUUGAUCCAUCUAGGCGAGGACUACAGCGAAGUAGUCGUGCCGGCCAUGCCUGCAUUGGAUUGGAGGGCAGAACUGAGUGAAGUGCACAGAAGCUGGGCUCCCGAAAUCUACGCAAUGCCAUUGCUGAAAGUGUCCGGCUCGGGCGAGGAGGCAAAGGCGCCCAGUGCCCUUCAAGGCGUUGCGUCUGGCAUCAGGUCUGCCCUUGUGAAAGCGCGUGGGAGGUGGUUUCGGCUGAAAGGUUGCGGGAACCGAGACGAAGGCUUUCUCGUCGAGAAGAAGGGAGACAAAGGCGAGCAGACUUUGCGUGGCUGCUGCUUCAAACACACUGCAGACACAGAACUCCGCAUGACCGAACUAGUCUGCCAGGUGUUAGGAUCUGCCAGGCUGGACUGUGCGAAUAGCUCCAUGGGUUGCUACCGCUACGAGCAAAAGCCUGGCUGGCCGCUGCCAAAGAUCCCUCGCUACUGCGCCGUUUUUGAGACCAAAAGCAAUGCCCGGCUGGGGGACCAUUUGCUUGGGGGGCUUCUGAGCCUGCUACCCCACAUGCUUCCAGAUGGCUUCGAGCACUUGGAACAGUGCCUUCUGCGCGGACGAGGCGAAGAGUCCGGGGAGCUCUUGGAGACUGCGGACCUCGUCUGCUGUGGGAUGGCCACCGCCGACGUGCUGGCGCAACUGCAGCAAGCCAAGCGAAGCCUACCGGAGCGGCCACCGCCGUCGAGUUCAGCGGUGCCUGCAGUGCCAACAGCCGUGGCUUCCCUGUGGGAUGCGGUCUGCGCGAGCUUGGCCCAGGGCCUGAGGACCUUGAGCAGUGACGAGCCGUCAGUGAUCUUGUGGCUCGUUUGGCGAUUGGGCUGGGAGUGUGGUGCUACUUUGCGAGUACUCCACGCCUCAGGCAUUGCGUGGGGAACAUAUCCGGACAGUCUGGGCAUCCACUGCAACGCUCACAGCAACAACUUCGCAGUGAAGCCUCCAGGAUGCGGCCAUCAGGAGACAUUCCUGGCUGCCUUGGAUUUCGACAUGGCCUUCACGAGGGAGAACUUCCUCCCCGAGGCUUGCGAGUCUGGGGCCCUGGGCUUGGAGAGCUUCGACGGCAUCCUUGCCUUCGAGGCAAACAUGGGCCUGAAGACCGUCCUCAGCGGCAGUGACUUCUCGAAUACUGGAGUGCAGAAUGCGCAAGCACCACCAUCCCACAAGCUGCUGGAGCUGGCGAUCCGUGACACCAUGGUCACAGCUUGUAGUGAGGCCUUGGCUGGGAUCUGCGAUCCGCAUCCCUACUCUGCCGGACUGAAAGCCGUGGCCUAUGACGUCAUCAAGCUCUCCCUCUGUCUUACCACGGAGGUGGAAGGAUAG